AUGUCCUAUUGCUGUCAGGGAUUUUUUAUCAAAUUACGAAAGGAUUCUUUCCCUAUAUUCCAACGUCUACGUGGAAAGGUCUCGGUUAGAUCAAGAUUUUUUUUCUAUCUAAAUAAUCCAAUUAAAUAUUUGAAGAUAGUGGGUAUAGUAGUUGGCUUUAAAUAUAUCUAUAAAUCAAACAAGGACUGUUUGAUUCUUUAUAUCGAUGACUCUACAAACUCGAAUGAUCCUUUGGUAUCUUGCAUUUCAGUGGCUUCAUUAAAAUCACAAUUAGGUUUUAAACUUGUGUCACCUUCCAAGCAAUUAGUCGGUAAAACUAUUGAGAUAGUUGGAACAAUUAAUAGUUUAUUAAAUGGAGCAGACAAGUUGAUUCAAUUUAAUAUUUCUACAUUCAACUUUGGUGAUUCAUUUCUUCUAGAACUGAAUCAUUGGAAAUCCAUCAUUGAAUUUAAAGAAUCAAUUGGUAUUUGGAUUAUUGAUGAAAAGCUAUUACUAGAUGAAAAAUUAAUAUUCAGUAAUAUCGAAAAGAUGCAUCAUGAAAAAAAUUUAAACUGUAUUGAUCAAAUUGAAUUAGAUGCUAUAAAAAAUCAGAUAAAUAUUGCAAGUCCCUAUUUUAAGACAUUAUCAUAUGAUAUAAAAGCACAAAAUAACCAUUCUAACGAAAUGCAUGAUCAUCACGCUAUUGAAACAAUUGAUUCAAAUGAGGGGACUGGCGAAAAAUCACAAAUCAUUUUUAAUCAACCAAUAAGAAAUCCAUUCCAGCACCACAUAUUGUCGAGCAAUUACAGUAGAGUUAACCGUUCAAGGAAACAAGAUAUAUUUUUGCACUCUUCUCAAGAAACUAAAUCUGUUUCUAUUGGUGUUAGGCCUAUAGUAUUAGAUACUAAUCCCUCUGUAGAAGAAAGAGAAGGUCAACUUCUGUCAAAUGAGCAAAAUAUAGAGGUUGUUUCCAUUGAAAGUUCGCCUAUUAGAGAGACGCACAGUACACCAGAAUCCCUUAUGCCCACACAGGUGGAUUCUCCUUUGCUUUUUCCGAUUACAAGUCAAAAACAAAUGAAAUUAAAAUUAAUAGAAGAAUUUUUAAAACUUCGAGAUCUAAAAAAUUUGGAAUCUGCUAGUUCUCAAUUGUUAAAUUAUUCAAGCAUUAAGGACUUGAUUUCUUAUUAUACUUCAUUUCAAUCUCAAACUAUGGAAUUAAGCUCACCGACUAAAAGAAUUAAUAUACGGAAAAAUCUGGAUAUUUUCUUGCAAAGUCUAGUUAAGGACAAUCUUAUAUUUAAAAAAAAUGAAAUUAAAAAUGAUGGACAACCUAUUUUUAACUUCAAAAAUUUAUUUCAAGUUUACGAAACUUUGGAGAAACGUAUAAAUUUUUUUAUUCGAUUAAACAAUCAUACUUUUAAUAUUUUACCAAUAAAAAAUUUGAAACCCAUAACAAUCAUUCAAUUAUAUAAAUUAAUCAUAAAAUCAAUUCAAACAAAGAAUGAAAAUAUUAAGAGUUGGUAUAUCGAUCAAGGACAAUCAAACAACAAUGAUACUGUAGCAUCAGUUGUUCAUAUUCAAUAUUUCAAUGAUAUCAAAUAG